GACGGUGGGAGGGGAGCGCCGGAGCGCGGGCUCACGUCAGGCGGCGUAGACAAAGGCGGGCGCGCGCACGUCCUUACGCACGCCUCGGCCAGCGGCGGCAGGCAAGGGCGGGAGGCGCUGUCCGCGGAGGAUUUGGGAGCCCAGGAGCCUCGCGGUCGCUCUGGCAGCAUGUAAACAACCUUUUGCCAAGAACCCAGGUCACCGUGAAAAGGGGACCUUAAGGGAGAAGAAUAUCGAGUACAUCAAUGCCAGGAGCAUCUGGAAUUACACUCACCGCAGGCAGCAUGAGACAUUCAGUGCCACCAUCUGUGUCCUACUGGAGAAGGUUGGGGCUCUCCAGGUAGGAGGGUCCUGGGGGCAGCAAGCGCCAAGAUCCUCUCCAGAGGGAGAAUGGGGCCAGAUACGAACUCUCUACAAUGAACUUGAUUUUCAGCUUAUGAAGGAAUUUUAAGUAAAGCAAUUAUUUAAUUUCCACAUAUUCACAUUCAAAAGCCUUCUGGGUGAAGUACUAGCAGUCACCCUCCUCCACAGGAGUUAUCAGGAUUUUUCUGGCACCAAGGUGAACUCUUCUUGGUACUUCUGGCAAUACAGAUCUGCAGGACAGAUUUAUCUACUGAAUGCUGUGGGGCAGGAAAAGAAAUAAAAUCUCUGGAAGCAGCAUAAGGGUAGCAGAGCAGAGACCCCUCCCUCAGUGCUCAUUUGCACAGAAACUCAGUCUGGACUUGGAUGUUUUUACUAAAGACUUAUCCUGCUGUUUUCACUGUGAAGUUCGUCUAUUCUGGGGAAAUCUGGCAUUCUUGGGCUGCCUCCUGUGGCCCUUUUCUAUUGUCACUCUGCCCCCAACCCUUCUAUGCAAGCAGUUAAUGACGUGAACUUUGGAAUGGAGUUUGUUACUCUUGGAGGACUGACUUCCUUUCACAGGCUGCUCGUGUCAGAAAGGACCAUCUGAAGGCUGUUUGUGCUUGGGGAGGAGGGCACUGGCCUGGCCUGGAUCCUCCACCAUGUUCCUGUUGCUGCCUUUUGAUAGCCUGAUUGUCAACCUUCUGGGCAUCUCCCUGACCGUCCUCUUCACCCUCCUGCUUGUUUUCAUCAUAGUCCCCGCCAUUUUUGGAGUCUCUUUUGGUAUCCGAAAGCUCUACAUGAAAACUUUGUUAAAAAUCUUUGCGUGGGCUACCUUGAGAAUGGAGAGAGGAGCCAAGGAGAAGAACCAUCAACUUUACAAGCCCUAUACCAAUGGAAUCAUUGCUAAAGAUCCUACUUCACUAGAAGAAGAGAUCAAGGAGAUUCGCCGAAGUGGUAGUAGUAAGGCUCUGGAUAAUACUCCAGAGUUUGAGCUCUCUGAUAUUUUCUACUUUUGCCGGAAAGGAAUGGAGACCAUUAUGGAUGAUGAGGUGACAAAGAGAUUCUCAGCAGAGGAAUUGGAAUCCUGGAACCUACUGAGCAGAACCAAUUAUAAUUUCCAGUAUAUCAGCCUUCGGCUUACUGUCUUGUGGGGGUUAGGAGUGCUGAUUCGUUAUUGCUUCCUUCUACCACUCAGGAUAGCUCUUGCGUUCACGGGGAUUAGCCUCCUGGUUGUGGGCACAACUGUGGUGGGAUACCUGCCAAAUGGGAGGUUUAAGGAGUUCUUGAGUAAACACGUUCACUUAAUGUGUUAUCGGAUCUGCGUGCGAGCCCUGACAGCCAUCAUUACCUAUCAUGACAGGAAAAACAGACCAAGAAAUGGAGGCAUCUGUGUGGCUAAUCACACAUCUCCUAUCGAUGUGAUCAUUUUGGCCAGUGACGGCUACUAUGCCAUGGUGGGUCAAGUGCACGGGGGACUCAUGGGUGUGAUUCAGAGAGCCAUGGUGAAGGCCUGCCCCCACGUCUGGUUCGAGCGUUCUGAAGUGAAAGAUCGCCACCUGGUGGCUAAGAGACUGACUGAGCAUGUGCAAGAUAAAAGCAAGCUACCUAUCCUCAUCUUCCCAGAAGGAACCUGCAUCAAUAAUACGUCAGUGAUGAUGUUCAAAAAGGGAAGCUUUGAAAUUGGAGCCACAGUUUACCCUGUUGCUAUCAAGUAUGACCCUCAGUUUGGUGAUGCCUUCUGGAAUAGUAGCAAGUAUGGGAUGGUGACAUACCUGCUGAGAAUGAUGACCAGCUGGGCUAUUGUCUGCAGUGUUUGGUACCUGCCUCCCAUGACCAGAGAGAAAGAUGAAGACGCCGUCCAGUUUGCCAAUAGGGUGAAAUCUGCCAUUGCCAGGCAGGGAGGACUGGUGGACCUGCUGUGGGAUGGUGGACUGAAGAGAGAGAAGGUGAAGGACACAUUCAAAGAGGAGCAGCAGAAACUAUAUAGCAAGAUGAUUGUUGGGAACCACGAGGACAGGAGCCGUUCCUGAGUCUGUGGCUCACACUGGCUGGAGCCACCAUGCCUGAAUCCUGACACGUGAGCCAGCCGGAGUUGUUGCUGCCACUGCUGCACCACCACCACUGCCCCCACUGCUGCAUCCUUCCAGACUCUGGGGCCCUUAGGCCACUCUGGAUCUCAGGACUCCAGCCGCUUCAGAGCCGUGUGGGGAUCCCUGGGCUCUGGGGCAGUAUGGCCUGCCCUUUGCUGACUGAAGUGAAUGCUGCUGGGUGUUGCUACCCAGGACAAGAUGCCUUCUUGUUCUUUUACAAAUAAGUCUGUUGGAGGAAUGCCAUUAAAGUCAGCUCUCCACUUAUGUGUGUUGUGCAGGGCUGAGCAGUUGGGAAGAUCGGCCACGUUCCCUGUUAGGACUUUGGGUGUUAGUCUGUAAUUGUUGCCCACAUGCCAGGGACUGCUGGGGAAGGUCCACCGACUCUUGAGGAGAGGCACUGUCAAUGCCUAAACAUCACCCCCAGCCUUGGAGCUCUGUACACUUGAAAAGAAAAUUGUUUGCAUUCACCAAAACAAAGUUUUAAAUUCUUGUGCUACUGCUAUGGGAAGUCACCAGAGGGGAUGGAAAGAGACCAGGUGUGGACCACUGACUAGUCUGGUGAGAGCCAGGAGUUAUUUUCUGUUCAAACUCCAGGCUGAACCUGAAUUCCCUAUGUAACUUGCUCUAUGUUUAAUGUGUGCCUCAUUUCCUCAUCCAUAAUGUGGAUCAGGAGGGGAAGGGUGAUAAUACCUACCUCACAGGGUUGUUGUGGGGAUUCAAGUGCUGAGUGAAGGACAUGUAACAUGCAGUGUUACAAGUACAGGUUCAUGGGAUGUGGCAGAACAAGGUCUGAGCUCAGUUGCUGCACAGGGCGUUGGACUUGUUUUUGUGAGUAAUAAAACUGAAUGGUAAAUGAAUUGAGGGACUUUCCCUUCACUCUCCCUCCCCUGCAUGUAGCCCUGAGUAACGUGUUUUUUGUCAACGUUAUAACAAUUCUCAUACUUGACUGUAACCCUGGGACCUCCAAGACCCACUUGGUCUCUAGGUGAGGAUAGUUUUGUUCAGGAGAUAAACAUCUCACCUUUGCACAUCUCUGUUAAUUUAGAAUUUCUAGCAUAGACACAGAUUUCUCCACAGUUGGGUACCACAGUAUUUGAGGUAUGUUGAGGAUAAGAUUCUGGAGAUUAGACAAUGUUGGGGACAGUUUGGAUGUGAGGACGAUGGGAAGCAUUAAGUAAAUACAAGGAGGCAAGCGGGGAGCAGAGCGUCCUGGAAAGGGUUGGCAGGGGAGGUGGGAUAGGCAGGAAUAUUGGUGCACCAUGUGCUUCCAUAUAACUGAUAAGGAAACUGCAGUUUUCCUGGGCCUACCAGGCCACUUUGCAGUCACUGUGAAGGCAGAUCCAAAGCCAGACCUUUCUUGUUGGUUCUUGCUUCUGCAGUCCACCAGUUUUGAACUCUGAAGAGAGUAUUGCCUCAGCUCACCAUUUAUCCAUCUGCUCAUCCCUCUGCUACCCCCUCCUCCUUUGUGGCACAAUUAUGGCACCUUCAGGAUUCUGCCUCAACUGUGGUGUCAUAUUUCCAAGGUUGCCCACUGACCUGGGAUUUGUGGAUGUGCUGGAAGUGAGACCAGGCUCCUGAAGUAUGAACCCACAUCAGUCUCAUGCCUGGGGACCAAGUCCCAUUUGACCCUGUGGUGUCACUCAUCCUUGCCACCUUCCUAUCACCUCCCCACAUGGCUUCCUGUUUCCUCCUACUUGCCCCUUUGCUAGCCGGUGGAAAACUUUUUUCUCUCAAAUAAAAAUCCUGUUAAUGACUCUUAAGAAUAGCCUCUUAUGAACUGUUUUAUGUAAUGUUCAAGAAUAAAAAGUGACUUUCCGCUUUUACAGGAGGUGAUGUUUGUAAUGUUUCAAUGCUAAGUUGGAAUGACCUUUAAAAAUUGGUCUUGAAGGUCAAGAUCCCUUUAAAGAAGUUCCUCUAAAAUUUCAUUCAUGAUCUGUUUUAUUUCAUCAUUUGCAUAGGUUUUAAAAUAUGUAUUUUGUUUUUGUUUUCACCUAUCUCACAUUCUGCACACCUGUCAUGACAACAGGAAACAGAAAGGGGGUGAAUUAUACCUGCAAAAAUGAAGUCUCUGGGACUGGGGAUAUAGCUCAGUUUAUAGGGUGCUUCCCUGUCAAGCACAAGGCCAUGGGCUCAAUACCCAACACUGCAAUAAAGAAAAAAUAAAGUCUCUGACAUUCUUAUUUAGUGCCCAUUAAGGGCAUUCAGACCCAUCCUACUGCUUCAUUCUUUUUAACUGGGGCUCCUGCUGACCCCAAGUUGUCAUAAGUCAGAAUAUUUGGUUUUGGAUUGCUGGGUUGGUCUCGUAUGCUAAAACAUGACAACACCUAGAAAUAUAAGGGCUCUUGGGAUCUCAGUCAGAUGGACUUUGAAUAAAACCAGGUGGCUUUAGUGGAGUGAGUAUUGGCCAGCUUCAAUCCUUUUCUGUUACCUUUAUUUCUCUUGAGUCUAUGUCCUGAUUUAGGGACUUAGACUAGGACCUCUACGGCCCUCUCCAUCUCUGGAAUUUUCAUCAUUUUGAAGCCCGUAUUUCAAACUUUGGCUUUGAGCUCUAAAGUCUUCUGGGUUCUAAAAAGUCAAUUUUCAAUCCAUUUGCUCCCUCUAAAAAAAUUUCAGGCUAGCAAGACUAAAUCAUCAAAGGGUAUCUCCUUGUGUAGAGUUGAGUUCCCCCACUGGUUGUAGGCAGUUGUUGAAGUUGGGCCCACACUUCUCUUGGGUUGGGUGAUGGUGGAUCUGAGACAGACUCUUUUCACUCAGCCAUGAGACUUAUCCAGCCAAUUAGAGGAAGAACUUUCUAAUAAGGCUAGUAAAAUUCCCCUGACAGUGGAAACUCAAUAGAAGGCUGUCAGCCAGGCCAGGCUCGGUAAGCUAAGCUUGAUAGAGCAGUUUGAGAUGACGUCCUCGUGACAGUAAAACCAACCUUGGAGCUUGAUUACUUACUACAUUAGACCUCAUUCCCUGUUGCCACCCUUGAGGUGACAAAAAGUCUUGAUAGUGUGAGGUGUGGUCAUCAGGCCAGCAACAAGGGUCUUUGGGUACCAUCAUGUGUUAGACCAUGACAGAACCAGUGCUGGGCGCUAACCCUGCUGUCCUGUGGAAAUGUGUCUCUAACCUACCAUUUCCUUUCUGAAAUUGACCAAAAAUGCAAUUGUCAGUGAGACAGUGUUUCCUGCUGCUCCCCUCUGUGAAAGGUUUCAUUGUCGCAGGCUCCAUCUACCUGCUGCGUGUCUUGGGUGGCCAGACUCUAUUUCUCCAGGUGUGCUCAUCCUGUGUGGCCUGGGACACCCAGACUGGAAGGGCAGCUGCAUGCACACUGACUCUUGGACAGGUUAAGAGACGACCAUCCAGCCAUCCAUCUUCCAUUGCACUCACACCCCUUCUCCCCCCAGUCAAUAUGUCUCUCUCCGAUGGGAAAGUUAAUAAAUUUUGCUCUAGAUUAAAAGUAUUGAUCAUUUCAUUUGUAAACGAUAAAUAAAAAGGGGGAACUUUUCAUUGCACCAGGGGUAGCGUCUGGUGUAUUUUGCUGGUGAAAUUUCUCUAGCUGUUGGUGGGGUGGGCUUCUCAUAUGCAUUCCGGCCGGCCAGCUGCAUUGAUUUCCUAUUAGUCUCCCAGCACCACCCAGUAACACAUCAUUUCAGUACCUGCUAUUAAUGGUCUUUUGAUAAAUAAUCACUUGUAAGUCAAUAAAUUUUUAUUAAACAGUG